AUGAGCCGGCGUAGCCAGUUUCUGCAGAGAAGAACUUCUGGAGAAAACCUGGACCGAUUCAUACCCAAUCGGUCGGCCAUGAACUUCGACUAUGCCCACUACAUGCUAGUGACCCAAGCGAGGAAGGGGAAUGAGAAUCGACCGGUGAUAUCCGAGUCGACUGAAGCCUACCAGAAGCAACUGGCUGAAGCUUGCGACAUGAACAGAACUCGUAUCUUAGCUUUCAGGAGCAAAACCCCCCAAACCCGCGUAGAUUUUACCCCGCUUGAACUCAUUCCUGCGAAGCCAAGGAAACCCCGCCGCCGCAUUCCUCAGACCCCAGAGAGGACAUUGGAUGCACCCAAUCUUGUGGAUGACAACUGCCUCAACUUAUUGGACUGGGGUAGCAGAAAUAUACUUUCAAUUGCCCUGGGGAAUACAGUGUAUCUCUGGAAUGCUUCGGAUGGCUCUACCUCAGAACUUGUCACCAUCGACCACGAAAAUGGCCCAGUUACCAGUGUCAGCUGGGCCCCAGAUGGUGACAAAAUUGCUGUCGGCUUGAACAAUUCUGAAGUGCAACUAUGGGAUUUGACUCGUAAUAGCCUGCUAACGACUUUGAGAGGUGGCCACACAUCUCGGGUUGGGUCUCUGGCAUGGAACAAUCACAUCCUUACAACAGGAGGAAUGGAUGGAAGGAUCGUGAAUAGUGAUAUUAUGAGAGUGGGAUCUCCCACUGUUGAGACGUACAGGGGUCACACCCUGGAGGUCUGUGGGUUGAAAUGGUCAGCAUCCGGAAAGCAAUUAGCUAGUGGAGGGAGUGAUAACAUCCUCCGCAUUUGGGAAAUGUCCAUGGGAUCUUCACUUCACCGGCUCGAAGAGCACAGAAACACUGUUAAAGCCCUUGCCUGGUGUCCCUUCCAGGAGGAUUUGCUGGCUUCCAGUGGAGGUGAUCGGACCAUAAAGUUUUGGGACACACACACUGGCGCGUGCUUAGACUCUCUCGAUACCGGUUCCCAGGUCUCUGCUCUUCUAUGGAACAAGAAUGAGAGAGAGUUGCUUAGCUCUCAUGGAUUUUCUCGCAAUCAGCUCACUCUCUGGAAGUACCCUUCAAUGGUAACGAUUGCAGAGCUGACUGGUCAUGAUUCUAGAGUGCUUUUCAUGGCCCAGAGUCCGGAUGGUUGGACUGUAGUAUCGGCGGCAGGGGAAAAACUCAUGUUGUGGAACGUGUUUGGUCUUCCAGAGCUUGCUAAACCAGCUCAAACGGCUAAUCGAGUGCCUUUUGCUGGCUGGAAUGGCAUUCGCUGAGAGGAAACGUCACCACGGCUCAGCCUGCCAAGCCAACAAAACUCCGCCGAUACAUUCCUCAGGUAAGAAUACAUUUUAUUUUUUUUUAAUUCAUGUUGUACAGCUUUUUGGUUAAUGCCUAGUAUUGAGGGAAUACUCUAGCUGGCAGAAGCCCACAUGGAAGUGCGGAGAAUAUUGGCAUUUUACCA